AUGGCGUGGGGCGGAGAGGUGGCCCCGCGCCUCGGCAUCGCCGGCGGCGUCAUCGGGGUCAUCCUCGUGAACUCCACAAUGCCGCAGGUCGUGAAGACCAGCGACGGCAGGAUGGGGAGCCUCACCUGGAACAUGUGGGGCCGGAUGGCGUUGCGGAGCAUCCCGAAGGCUGGGGGCAUGAAGUUUGCCCAGUACGGGGUGAUGCGAGAGAUGAAGCUGUCCCUUGACAAGGUGGUAUCCCCGCCAGCCGCGACGAUGAUAUCUUUCGGAGUGGUGGGCACCUUCUUCCAGUCGGCCAUCUACAACUCGCUGAUCUCGGACAUGUACAAGGUGUACACCGGUGUGGACAAGGAGCGGCCGAGCCUGAGAGUGCUCGCCAGAGGCAUGGCCCCGGGCAUCCUCUGGUGCUUCGGGCGCGAGUGCUUCUCCAUGGGCGGCGGCCUCUGGCUCGGGCCGGUCCUGAAGGAGAAGCUGCUGGCGCAGCUGGAGGAGAGAAGAGUGGAGAUCCCGGACAAGCCGCUGCGCUUCGUCUCUGGCUUCCUCUCGGGAGCCUGCACCGCGCUGGGGACCCAGUGGCUGCACAACACCACCCUGAUGGCCGGGAGGAUGGCAGCCGUGGGUGAGGCUCGAGGCGCUCCCUUCUACACCGGGGCCUCGGUGGCCGCGGCCUGGAACGAGAUGGGCGUCCGCAUGUUUUACGCCAACUACCCCCAGCGCCUGUGCCUGAUAGCAGGAGCCGUCGGGCUUCUGACCAUGGUGGACAUCUUCCACCGGCCAGAGCUGAGCUUCGCGAACACGAGAUGA